AUGGGUCGCUACGUGCCCCGCUUCGCUGAUGGUCAGAAGGUGAAGUUGGCCUGGCCAUUGGUCGUGUUCCGGUUGAAUCACAUAUUCUGGCCCCUGGAUCCGAGUACGGGAAAGUGGGCCCGAUAUCUGGACAAGGUUAUGGCUGUGCUGGGAUGCCUGAUUUUCAUGCAGCACAACGAUGCGGAACUGAGAUAUCUGCGAUAUGAGGCUAGGAAUCGGAACUUGGACGCCUUUCUCACCGGCAUGCCCACCUACUUGAUCCUGGUGGAAGCUCAGUUCAGGAGUCUUCAUAUUCUCCUGCACUUCGAGGAGCUGCAGAAGUUUCUGCAAGUGUUCUACGCCAAGAUCUAUAUAGAUCCACGAAAGGAGCCGGAGAUGUUUCGGAAAGUUGAUGCACAAAUGUUGAUAAAUAGAUUGGUUUCUGCUAUGUAUGGAGCAGUGAUCUUACUCUAUUUAAUCGCUCCUGUAUUUUCGAUAAUCAACCAAAGUAAGGAUUUUCUGUACUCCAUGAUAUUUCCAUUUGACUCGGAUCCCUUGCAUAUUUUUGUGCCUCUCCUUUUGAGUAAUAUGUGGGUUGGCGUCAUCAUAGACUCCAUGAUGUUCGGGGAGACUAAUUUGCUGUGUGAACUAAUUGUGCAUCUUAAUGGUAGUUAUCUGCUGCUCAAAAGGGACUUGGAGUUGGCCAUUGAAAAGAUUGUGUCAGCCAGGGAGCGACCAUACAUGGCCAGACAGCUUGAGAAACUAAUUAUUAAAACACUGAGAAAAAAUGUGGCCCUUAAUCAUUUUAGCCAGGAGUUGGAGGCGCAGUAUACUGUGCGGGUUUUCAUCAUGUUUGCCUUUGCUGCUGGUCUUCUAUGCGCCCUUUCAUUUAAGGCUUAUACGAAUCCCAUGGCUAAUUACAUCUAUGCGAUUUGGUUUGGGGCCAAAACAGUGGAACUGCUUUCCCUUGGCCAACUUGGCUCUAACUUGGCCUUUACUACGGACUCCCUGAGCUCUAUGUACUACCUAACCCAGUGGGAGCAAAUCUUGCAGUACUCUACAAAUCCCCGGGAUAACCUGCGACUGCUUAAGCUUGUUAACCUGGCCAUCGAGAUGAAUAGCAAACCCUUCUAUGUGACGGGACUGAAAUAUUUUCGCGUCAGUCUGCAGGCUGGCUUGAAAAUCCUGCAGGCAUCCUUCUCGUACUUCACUUUCCUCACUUCGAUGCAGCGUCGACAAAUGAGCAAUUAA